CUAAAUACAGAGGGCCACCGUACGUCAAAGAGCUUGGCACCAACUCGACAGGGCGCUGCAACACAUUACGGGUUCGUAUCAGCCCUUCCAAGCUCUCAUGAAGCCCCUUGCCAAUCAGAUCCAUACCCCACCUAUCUCUUCAUAUAACUUCGGCCCUUUUGCUUAUGCAAACAUUGUCAUGGUUGCUUCUUGUACUAGCGCCCUGGCGUCAAGUAGUCACCACGGGCUGUGGUACUCCGCGGAGCACUCCCGAAACCUCGAGUGUUAUCCGCGCAAAUCCUCCAAAAAAUGACAGUGCAGGUUUUCGAAACCAGUCAAUUCUCACUGUGAACGGAACAGCGCAGGGAUCUAGUCUGUGCGCAAGGAUUAGACUCGACAGAAAUAGGCUAAUGAGCCUGCUAGAAGUGCUUGGCAAGCUUUACAGGACCACGUACUAACCCUCGGUACUUGUACUCCAACGUUUCUAAGCCUUCCCUGAAACCAGGGGAUAUCGUGGCUAUGACAAAAAAGACAGUUGACAAC